CUCACACCAGCCAGACAGCAUACCCUCCUCCGCCCAUGGGAAGCGGCUGCCUCCGUCAGGCUGCUUCCAGGAAACCCCGGGCCAGGCCCCAGCAUUGUUCAGACCCCUCGGCCGGCCGAGGCUGAGGCAGCCAGACACCAUGAAGUCCAGAGGCCCCGUGGAGAGGCUGCUCAGAGCCUUGGGGAAGGACAGCAGCCGGGCCACCAGCAGGCCUAGGAAAGCAGAACCACAUAGCUUCCGGGAGAAGGCUUUCCGGAAGAAAGCUCCAGUGUGCGCAGUGUGUAAAGUGACCAUCGAUGGGACAGGCGUCUCGUGCAGAGUCUGCAAGGUGGCCACACACAGAAAAUGUGAAGCAAAGGUGACUUCGCCUUGUCAGGCCUUGCCCCCUGCCGAGCUGAGACGCAACACGGCCCCGGUGAGGCGCAUAGAGCACCUGGGAUCCACCAAGUCUCUGAACCACUCAAAGCAACGCAGCACGCUGCCAAGGAGCUUCAGCUUGGACCCCCUCAUGGAGCGUCGCUGGGACCUGGACCUCACCUACGUGACAGAACGCAUCCUGGCCGCCGCCUUCCCCGCGCGGCCCGACGAGCAGCGUCACCGCGGCCACCUGCGGGAGCUGGCCCACGUGCUGCAGUCCAAGCACCGGGACAAGUACCUGCUAUUCAACCUUUCAGAGAAAAGGCAUGACUUGACUCGACUGAAUCCCAAGGUUCAAGACUUUGGCUGGCCUGAGCUGCAUGCCCCACCUCUGGACAAGCUGUGCUCCAUCUGUAAAGCCAUGGAGACAUGGCUCAGUGCUGACCCUCAGCAUGUGGUUGUGCUCUACUGCAAGGGGAGCAAGGGCAAGCUCGGCGUCAUCGUCUCUGCCUAUAUGCACUACAGCAAGAUCUCUGCAGGGGCUGACCAGGCGCUGGCUACUCUCACCAUGCGAAAAUUCUGUGAGGAUAAAGUAGCUGCAGAACUGCAGCCUUCCCAGCGCCGAUACAUCAGCUAUUUCAGUGGGCUGUUGUCUGGCUCCAUCCGAAUGAACAGUAGCCCUCUCUUCCUGCACUAUGUGCUCGUGCCCAUGCUGCCAGCCUUUGAGCCCAGCACAGGCUUUCAGCCGUUCCUCAAAAUCUACCAGUCUAUGCAACUCGUAUACACAUCCGGAGUCUAUCAUGUUGCAGGCCCUGGGCCCCAGCAACUUUGCAUCAGCCUGGAACCAGCCCUCCUCCUCAAAGGCGACGUCAUGGUAACCUGCUAUCACAAGGGUGGCCGAGGGACAGACCGAAUCCUUGUGUUCCGAGUCCAGUUCCACACAUGCACCAUCCAUGGACCACGGCUCACUUUCCCCAAGGACCAGCUAGACGAGGCCUGGACUGAUGAGAGGUUCCCCUUCCAAGUCUCAGUGGAGUUUGUCUUCUCCUCUAGCCCAGAGAAAAUCAAAGGCAACACUCCCCGGAAUGACCCUUCCGUCUCUGUGGACUACAACACUGCAGAGCCUGCUGUGCGCUGGGACUCCUAUGAGAACUUCAACCAGCACCAUGAGGACAGUGUGGAUGGCCCCUUGGCGCAUACCCGAGGCCCCCUGGAUGGCAGCCCUUAUGCCCAGGUGCAGCGAGCACCCCGCCAGGCCCCGCUGGCACCCUCUCCAGAGCCUCCCCCACCCCCCAUGCUCUCUGUCAGCAGUGACUCUGGACAUUCAUCCACACUGACCACCGAGCCAACUGCCGAGUCCCCUGGCCGGCCACCACCAACAGCAGCUGAGAGGCAGGAGCUAGACCGCCUCCUGGGGGGCUGUGGGGUGGCCAGUGGGAGCCGGGGAGCUGGGCGAGAGACAGCUAUCCUAGAUGAUGAAGAACAGCCUCCUGUGGGUGGAGGGUCCCACCUGGCAAUGUAUCCAGGCCAGCGGCCUGGUCUCAGCCGCCACUGCUCCUGCCGCCAGGGCUACCGGGAACCCUGUGGCAUCCCCAAUGGGGGCUUCUACCGGCCGGAUGGAACCCUGGAGAGGCGGCGGCCGCCUUUCGGGGCUGGCUUCGAGGGUCUUCCCCACGGCUUUGCCGAGCCCUCCAUGGAGAAGAGGCGCCUCUGCCGGUCACUAUCAGAGGGGCCAUACCCUUAUGCACCUGAGCUGGCGAAACCUGCCACUGCCAAUGGGGACUUCGGCUACCGCCCUGCUGGCUAUCGGGAGGUGGUGAUCCUGGAAGACCCUGGAGUGCCUACCUUAUGCUCAUGCCCAGCCUGUGAGGAGAAGCUGGCACUGCCCACUGCAGCCCUGUAUGGACUGCGGCUGGAGAGGGAGGCUGGAGAGGGAUGGGCUGGUGAGACCAACAAGCCCCUCCUGCACCCAGUGCGGCAGGGACACGCACUGCCUCUGCUAGUGCCUGCCUAUGGGCACCACCAUGCCCCCAUGCCUGACUACAGCUGCCUGAAGCCACCCAAGGUGGGUGAGGAAGGGCACGAGAGCUGCUCUUAUGCCGUGUGCCCCGAAGGCAGGUAUGGACAUCCAGGCUACCCUGCCCUGGUGACCUAUGGCUAUGGAGGAGCAGUGCCCAGUUACUGUCCAGCAUACGGCCGGGCGCCUCACAGCUGUGGAUCUUCAAAUGAAGGCAGAGGGUAUCCUAGUGCUGGUGCCCACUCACCACAGGCGGGCUCCAUUUCUCCGGGAAACCCACCCUACCCUCAAUCCAGGAAGCUGAGCUAUGAGACCCCUGCAGAGGAGGGAAGGGACAAGUACCCUCUACCUGGGCAUCUGGCCUCAGCAGGAACCUUGGCAUCUGCAGAGUCCCCUGAGCCAGUGUCCUGGAGGGAAGGCCCUAGUGGGCACAGCACUCUGCCUCGAUCUCCCCGGUCUCCCAGAGAUGCCCAGUGCAGCGCCUCUUCAGAGCUGUCAGGUCCCUCCACACCCCUGCACACCAGCAGCCCGGUCCAGGGCAAGGAAAGCACCCGACGGCAGGACACCAGGUCCCCCACCUUGGCACCCACUCAGAGACUAAGUCCUGGUGCAGCCUUGCCCCCUGUUUCUCAGGGAGGUGCCGACAAGGCUCCUGAACUGCCAGCAAGAACUGGGCCUGAACCUGCAGGCCCUCGCUCCUUCUCCCCGACCUCCCCUCCCAGUUCUCCCAAUGACUGGCCUCAGGAAAGGAGCCCAGGGAGCCACUCAGACAGUGCCAGUCCUCGGGGUCCUGUGCCCACUACCCUGCCUGGCCUUCGCCAUGCCCCCUGGCAAGGUCCUCGAGGCCCCCCAGACAGCCCAGAUGGGUCUCCCCUCACCCCUGUGCCUACUCAGAUGCCUUGGCUUGUGGCCAGUCCAGAGCCUCCCCAGAGCUCACCCACACCUGCCUUCCCUCUGGCCACAUCCUAUGACACCAAUGGCCCCACUCAGCCCCCACUUCCUGAGAAACGCCACCUCUUGGGACCUGGGCAACAGUCGGGACCCUGGAGCCUAGAGCAGACAUCACCACCAGCCAGAGGCACCAGCCACCAUGUCACCUUUGCACCUCUGCUCCCGGAUAAUGCCAGUCAGCCCUCAGAGCCCCCUACCCAAGAGAGCCAAAGCAAUGUCAAGUUCGUCCAGGACACAUCCAAGUUCUGGUACAAACCACACCUGUCCCGUGACCAAGCCAUUGCCCUGCUGAAGGACAAGGACCCUGGAGCCUUCCUGAUCAGGGACAGUCACUCAUUCCAAGGAGCCUAUGGGCUGGCCCUCAAAGUGGCCACACCCCCACCCAGUGCCCAGCCCUGGAAAGGGGACCCACUGGAACAGCUGGUCCGCCAUUUCCUCAUCGAAACUGGGCCCAAAGGGGUGAAGAUCAAAGGCUGUCCCAGUGAGCCCUACUUUGGCAGCCUGUCCGCCCUGGUCUCACAACACUCUAUCUCCCCCAUCUCCCUGCCCUGCUGCCUGCGUAUUCCCAGUAAAGAUCCUCUGGAAGAGACCCCAGAGGCUCCAGUGCCCACCAACAUGAGCACAGCGGCAGACCUCCUACGUCAGGGCGCUGCCUGCAGUGUGCUCUAUCUGACCUCAGUGGAAACAGAAUCACUGACUGGCCCCCAAGCAGUGGCCAGAGCCAGCUCUGCAGCUCUGAGCUGCAGCCCCCGCCCAACGCCAGCCAUUGUCCACUUCAAGGUCUCAGCCCAAGGCAUCACACUGACAGACAACCAAAGGAAGCUCUUCUUUCGCCGCCAUUACCCAGUGAGCAGCAUCACCUUCUCCAGCACUGACCCUCAAGACCGCAGAUGGACCAACCCAGAUGGGACCACCUCCAAGAUCUUUGGUUUUGUGGCCAAGAAGCCAGGAAGCCCUUGGGAGAACGUGUGUCACCUCUUUGCGGAGAUGGAUCCAGAUCAACCUGCAGGCGCCAUUGUCACCUUCAUCACUAAAGUUCUACUAGGCCAGAGAAAAUGAAGGAAGGCCACAAGCUCCAAGCCUAUGUCAACACUGCACCUUCCCAGCACUCCACAGCCCACACUGCCCUGGCCUGGACCCAGGAGUCCCAGGAGCCAGCACCCCUAAGGAGAAAUGAAAGCUGGCCUGGGCUGCUGCACUUUUCCCACCCCCAGCCUGCUAAGCUAAGUGGAUGGGCCUAUGAGAUGACCUUGCAUGUGAGCAGAUGGCAGAGACAGUGUGUGGGGUGAGGAGACACAGCAGUUGAGAGCCCUGGAACAGAUCGGGACAGGACCACCUGCAGGAGCACAUGAGCCCUGCCAGUUCCAAUGGGCUGCAGGUCCCAGCAUGGGAGGGGGGGAAGGGGGGAGGAGGAUGUCACUCUCCCCUCUGUCUCCUCUCUAAGCACAGAUCAGAGUGAGAUCACAUGAAUAGAGGAUUAAAAGAGUCUAUUUUUGUCUAAUAAAGAAUUUCUAUUAAUGUUCAAGGAGUUGAUAACCUUA